AUGGCCAAACGAGGUCGAGAUGACAGCGAUGAUGAUGAUAAUGAGAGAUACCGCCGCGAUGUCAAUGGCUUCUCGAGCUCGACCCACAGAUCGGAGGCAUCCCCUCGGCGAGGCACCAAGAGGAUGAGACUCGAAGACUUAUUUGAUCUGCUAUCAAUCGAUGAAUCCGAUGACCAUGAAUACGAUAUUCCUGACUACCUCGCUUCGUCUGCUUUUGACAAUUACAUUCAAAACCGCAUUAAUAAAGAGUACACAGAAGAAAUCGAGAAGAGCUAUCAAUUGAUCAAGUGGUUUAACCCGCGAGUGUUGCUCAUAUAUCGUUGGCAAAUGUGGAUGGUACGUCUUUUUAAUCGAUUCAUCCAGAAAUUCAAUGAGAAAAAUGGUACUCGUCUUCCUCGAAUUAAGCGAUAUGAUAAAAUCAUUCGUCUCGUGGCUAAUGGGCAACUCACCCGUGAUGAAUUGGUGAAUAUCAUUGCUCAGGAAACAAACCUAGAGCUCAUAGAUAUACGUCGUCGUCGCCUCAGGCGUCAACGUAAAGACGAGAAGGCUAAAAUACAGGAGUUUAAGGACUUGCUGUAUAAUUAUUGGGAUAACUUGGGAAUUGACCGCGAUAUCGAAAUGCUGCUGGAAAGCAGCUACUAA